UCAGACAUGGGAUAAUGUUGCAGAUAUCACCACUCCUUUCCCGAACAGCCGCCUGCUGGAUGUGACCGAAGAGAUGGUGAAGCAAGGCUACAAUCCAACCAAGAUGUUCCAGAUGGGAGACGAAUUUUUCGUUUCUCUCAACAUGACCAAAUUGCCACAAACUUUCUGGGAGAAAAGUAUCCUGGAAAAGCCAACCGAUGGACGUGAGUUGGUUUGUCACGCCAGUGCGUGGGACUUUUACAAAAAGGACGACGUUCGUAUCAAGCAGUGUACUCGUGUGACCAUGGAAGACUUCUUCACCGUUCACCAUGAACUCGGCCAUGUUCAAUACUUCCUUCAGUACCAACAUCAGCCCAGUGUCUACCGUGAGGGUGCUAAUCCUGGUUUCCAUGAGGCAGUUGGAGAUGUACUGUCGUUGUCCGUGUCCACACCAAAGCAUCUUGAGCGUGUUGGUUUGCUGAAGGAUUUCGUGAUGGAUGACGAGGCUAAGAUUAACCAGUUCUAUCGCGCUGGACUCGCCAAAUUAGUUUUCCUACCGUUCGCAUACACGAUCGACAAGUACCGUUGGGGAGUUUUCCGCGGUGAUAUCCACCCGGCAGAGUACAACUGCAAGUUCUGGGAAAUGCGCACAAAGUAUUCGGGUAUUGAGCCACCGGUCGUUCGCUCCGAAAAGGAUUUCGAUGCCGCCGCCAAGUACCACAUAUCCGCUGAUGUUGAAUAUCUACGCUACGUCGUAUCGUACAUCGUCCAGUUCCAAUUCCACCGUUCGGCUUGCAUGCUAGCCGGAGAGUAUGUCAAGGGUGAUCCGGAGAAGACGCUGAACAACUGUGACAUCUACCAAAGUGCAGCGGCAGGAAACGCAAUCAAACGAAUGCUGGCGAUGGGCUCUUCGAGGCCUUGGCCAGAGGCGAUGGAAGCGCUUACCGGGAAGAAAUGGAUGAGUGCCGAAGCGCUGCUGGAGUAUUUCCAGGAGCUCUACACAUGGCUGGUGGAGGAGAACAAACGAUUGGGCGCCCCCAUCGGAUGGGACGAAUCGGAUAAGUGUAAAUCUUCAUAGAGUACUUGAAACACCAAGCAGCCAUUUAUUUUUUAACAUCAAUAAACUAUUCUAUAACAAAUUUUAAGACAAAAAA